AUGCCUUUGUGUGCCUUGUCGGCGUGGCCAACUCAUAAGACCGGGAUGAUUUCAUAUAAAACUAUCCAACAAAGGCUUAAAAGCGACGAAAUCGCUGAAUUUUAUGCCAAUGCUAAUGCCUCGUCAAAGUUAUCGACAACCUCGACCGACACUAGUGAUAAUAUUGAAGAUGCGAGUCGCAACGUCCGGACAUUUUCGCUAGGUUCGACACGGGCAAUGCCUUUGUGUGCCUUGUUGGCCUGGCCAACUCAUAAGAUCGUGAUGAUUUCACAUAAGACUAUAUUGGAUGUACUAAAAGAAGCGUUGAGCUACAUUGAAAAUUAUGAAACUGUGAUGGAAGUCAACAAAGGCUUAAGCGACGAAAUCGCUGAAUUUUACGCCAACACCAACGCCAAUGCCUUGUCAAAGUUAUCGACAACCUCGACUGGCACUAGUGAUAAUACUGAAGAUGCGAGUCGUAACGUCCGGACAUUUUCGCUAGGUUCGACACGGGCAAUGCCUUUGUGUGCCUUGUCGGCGUGA